AUGAUAGUAAUAAGUUUAGUAAGCAUUAUUCCUUUGUGCUCACCGAGUCAAAGUUUUCCAGAGGACUAUCUUGAAGGUCAUAAUGUUGCACGUGCUAAAGUUGGAGUUAAACCAUUGAAGUGGGACAAACAACUAGAAUCACUUGCUCAUGAAUUUGUGAAUCAACAUAUUGCAAAUUGUAGAGGACUAAUGUCAACGCCUCAUUAUUCGUCUAAUAGUAUCUACGGCCGAAACUCUGGAUAUAAUCCGUAUCAUGCUUCAGCAGAAUCUGCAGUGAAGGCAUGGGUAGCACAGGGACGAAACUAUGACCCCAUAUCUAACAAAUGCAUUGAUGGUAACCCUGCCAGUUGUCAUUGUUACGUUCAAGUUGUUUGGGGUGCAUCAACUUAUUUAGGUUGCGCAAGAGGUGACUGCCACAAUAAUGAAGGCACCCUUGUUGCUUGUUAUUAUCAUCCUGGCGGCAACUUUCCAGCUCAACGCCCCUACUCAAUGAAUUAA